CAGCAAUAUGAUUUGAGGCGUGCUGGUGAAUGACGUGACAAGGCAUCCGAAUUCAAAGGGAAGCCCACUCUGACUCACAUGAUGGUCACAUUAUAAUUCAAUGCCCUUGCCUUACCUCUUCUUGUUUAUGGCUCUAUAUAAAUAGAUAUUCACUGAUUUGACAGAAACCCAUUUCAAGUUCAAGCUCUGAAAAACAAGAAAAGAGCAAAAUUUUUAAAAUGGCUGCCAAAUACCAUGUAAGAUCAAUUAGCUUGCCUUCAAGAUCACAUCCUACCACCCUUAGAAUUGAAGAUGAGCUGAAUAGGCUCAAAACUUGGGAAGCAUCACCUUUGUCAACAUCUGAGUCGAUUUGUGCUGGUCUUUCGGGACUGGAAGACUUGUAUCAGUGCAUGGAUGAUCUUCUCAACUUGGCUUCGACCCAACAAGUCCUCUCCCAGCAUCAACACGAGAAAUGUAUUGAUGAAUUGUUGGAUGGAUCUGUGAGGCUUUUAGAUAUCUGUAGUAUUGCCAGGGAUUACAUGUUUCAACUCAAGGAACGUGUUCAUGCUCUUCAAUCUGCUCUGCGAAGGAGGAAGCGAGAUUCAAGCAUUGAGAACGACAUUAUUAAUUACACUUGCUUCAGGAAGGAGAUGAAGAAGCAGGGAAAGAAAUUGAUCACAGAAUUGAAGCAAAUGGACAACAAACUUGGAGCAUCACCCCUCCUGGAUCAGGAUCAUCAUUUCUCAGCUGUGAUUCGGGUGCUAAGAGAAGUUAAUGCAAUGAAUACUUCUAUCUUCCAAUCCCUUUUCUCAUUUUUGUCAGCACUAGUUUCCUCAAAGCAAACAAGAUGGUCUCUGGUCUCAAAACUGAUGCACAAGGGGGUAAUAUCAUGUGAAGAGAAGCAAGAGAAUGUAAAUGAAUUGGAAAGCGUGGAUGCUGCACUUUGCAGACACACAUCCGAUGUUGAGAAGAUGCAAACUGCACAUAAAAGAUUGGUCGCUUUGGAGAGUAGCAUUGAAGGCCUAGAGAACCGUCUCGAAUGCGUGUUUAGGCACUUGAUCAAAGCAAGAACCUCUCUCUUGAACAUAGUCUCUCAAUAGAUGAUUUUCAUGGAUAUAUAUGGCAAAUCCUGCUGAGCAUCCAAGCUUUAGAGGAUAUGCCUGGGGAUUUCAGUUUCAAUUCAAAAUAUCUGUACAUUGUACAAAAUUACAAUUAUAGAAUGGAAUAUAAGUUUAAGUUUUGACAACCGAAAUUAUGCUGUCCCUUUCUUUUCUCUUAAUUUCUUCUGCUGACGUUAAGAUUUUUCUCUGGAGAGAAACCAUUACCUCGGUUGAUAACGACUCCAUGUGAGCAAUGUCUAUGCUUGUACCCCUUAUCAACGUUGAGUUGUUGAUAAACAUACUCCAGACUUCAAA